AUAGAGAACGUCAGUUUAGAAAUUCAAAUGCCAAAAACAGUCUUAAAUUGCAAUUUGAUUCUGAAUCAAGGCAAGUACUCUUUUGAUUCAGUUAGUAAAGUUUUAAGAUGGGAUGUUGGAAAAAUUGAUGCGACAAGACUACCAAAUCUAAGAGGCUCUGUUGCAAUGCAGUCUUCAACUUUAAUUCUAGAAUCAAAUCCAGCUAUCAAUGUAGUUUUCACUAUUAAUCAAUUAGCAGUAUCUGGCUUGAAAGUGAACAGGUUGGACAUGUACGGAGAAAAAUAUAAGCCAUUUAAAGGUGUCAAGUAUGUUACUAAAGCUGGAAAAUUUCAAAUUAGGAUGUAAAUUAUUGGUCUUAGUAUAAUAAAAACUUAC